UUUUUCAGCUCAUUUUUGUCUGUAAAUUACUCUCUUUAAUAAUAAUGACGAUUUUAAAAAUAUUUUUAUUUUUUUCUUUAAUAAAAUAUUUGUCUGCUGAAUGUUCUGGUUUAAUUGAUGGAAUAAGCUUAAAUUUUGUAAAUCCAAAUGGAAUUAGUCUAUUAAAGUCAGAAAGUGCAAGAUGUUUAAAUAUGUUGACUUGUGAUGUUCUUAGUGCACCUUCUGAAACAAUAAUUGAAUGGAUUUAUAACGGAAAAGUUGUUCGCUCAAACUCUGCAGAAGAAGAAGAAUUUACCUCCUUCAACAAACAAAAUAACAAAAAAGAAUUAGGUUUAAGCGAAACAAGUCACCGAAUUUGUUUUCACGAUUUAUUAAAUUCAAAUGGAGGAAAUAAAAAGAAGAAAAGAUCAAUUUACGGAAUAGGGGCAGAUAUUCGGUGUAAAGUUAGAUUGGCCUGUAAUCCUUUAAUUUCAAUUGAAAGUGGCCCUUUCGAUUUGUUAGAAUUAUCUUCGCCUCCUCCACCGCCUCUACUUUCAAGAAAAAUAAUUGAUUUGAAAGAAGGAAAAAGAAAAAGUCGCUCACUUCGGUCAGCCCCUUCAAUAUCUUUAAUUACUUCUUCGAGAAUGGAAAUAGCUGGAGGAAUAAUUAAAUUAAUUUGUAAAGUUGAAGGUGAACCUGAACCAAAAAUUGAUUGGAAUUUAAUGGCUGUGGAUGGAAAUGAAUUGUUAAUACCUAAACAAAUUGAGGAAAUACCUUUUAUUAAGGAAUUAAAUAAUGGAGAAGAGCUUUUAGUUGAUACAAAAAUGACAGAACACGCUUCUUUUACUUUACAAUGUAGAGCUUCGAAUUGUUUUGGUGAUGAUUCUGCAACAUCAACAAUAAUUCUGUUAAGGGAUUAA